CUUGCACAGAUUUUUGGCCCAAGUGAAGCGGCGCACCACAUUUCAUCCCUGCAAUGGAUAAGAAGGAAUACGAAUACAUCGACCUGGCCUCCCACAGGCAAGAAAUGCGCUUGGUACAUCUUCUCCCAGGCGCAUGGCAAGACAGGGUAUCAUGCACCCUUGAAGUAGUAACCCUGAACGACAAGCCGAGAUAUGAAACCCUGAGCUACGUUUGGGGAGAUACAACAGGAACAUCGCCAAUUUUUCUUGAAGGUUGCUCAUUCCCGGUAACACACAACCUCCAAUCCGCUUUGCGCCGCCUCCGACACACCAAUGAAGAACGGGUAAUGUGGGUGGAUCAGUUAUGUAUCAACCAGUUGAACGACAAUGAAAAGACGCAGCAAGUCAUGCUCAUGCCAGCGAUAUACAGUAAUUGUCAGGAAGCCUUUUGUUGGCUGGCAGAGCUGGAUGCUAGGGAUAAGGAGUUUGUGGUUGGAGAGCGGGAACCUGAACCUGAACCUGGCAGGCACUAUGGAGGUGGCACCAUAAAAUCAGCUUUUAAUCUUUUGAGCCUCAUAGCCAGUGGAGAUCACAUGUCCGAGCUCUCUUGCUUCCAAUUUACGAAACCCUCAUCACUUCAUAUCAAACCUGACUUUGCUCCCGCCUUCCAGGGGCUUCGAAGAAUUGUGGAACAACCAUACUGGGAUAGAAUUUGGACCAUCCAAGAGCAGAUCCUACCUCCAAAAGCAACAAUAACUUUCGGACCCUACACACUUCCUUUAGAAGUUCUCAUCGCAGCUGGAGAAAGCAUCCUUCUUCAUCACUGGCAGACAUGCUGUGCGCUCGCGGUAGAUUCCCUCGGACUGGAGGAACGAGUAACACUCCAGCAGGUUUUUUUCAAGACCACAAUCAUGGGUAACAUCUUAAGUGGAUACAACAAAUCCCAGAACAUCCUCAUCGAGGUUUUGCAGACCGCCCGAAAUAAAAAUGCUACAGAUAGUAGGGACAAGGUCUUCGGGGUCCUGGGAUUGGUAAAUAAUUGGCUUACGACAACGCCGAUAUUGCCGGAUUAUACACUCACCGAUAUCGAGGUGUUCGCCCAAGUUACAGUGAACUGGAUCACAAAUAGGAGAGAUUUGUUCAUCCUGACAGGGAAUAUGUUGCGUCGGCCUCAUAUUCCUUCCUGGAUUCAAGACUGGGCACCAGCGGCAACAUUUGAGGGGACAGAGUACCACCAUGAAACAGGUUGGAACGCGCUGUAUUGGAAAUACAGCGCAUCUCUUACAAAAGGAGCACGGUCGAAACUACUUUCAAAUUCCGAGUUGCAACUAGAAGGGAUCUUCGUGGACAAAGUGUCAAGAGUUGCAUUGCAAAUGGUGACAAAUGACUGGAAUGAUGCCAAGUUCUUCAUAGACUCUUGGGAAGAGUUUGUCGAUAUCUCCAAUAACUCGGAGAGGGAGUAUGUUGGAGGAGGAAAGUUUUAUGAUGCAUUCUGGCGCACUCUCGCGGGAAAUCUCUUCUGGACUGGAGUCAAGACAAGCAAUCUUAUUGAUGCUUACCGCAAAGCUGUUCCUGAAGAUCGACGGGUUUUUGGUCUUCUAAGGGAGCAGAUCAGACUUGCGAAACCUCAGCAACAUGUUCUGUCGGAUGAGACUGCUGGCUUCGAGAAAGUCCUUCCUGUCACGGCUAGAUAUCGAACACUGUUCGUCACGCAGAAAGGGUAUCUUGGUAUUGGUACUACAGGUAUUAAGGAAGGAGAUGAUGUUUAUAUCUUCUAUGGUGGGAAUAUUCCUUUCAUUACUCGGUCCAAGGAGGAGACAGGUGAUCUGUGCUCAACAGAGACGACUCACAAGCGAUGUGAAUUGAUUGGUGACUGCUAUCUUCACGGGGUUAUGGAGGGAGAGUUGAUGAAGGAGCCAGAAGAAGAUACGGAUUCAGUCAUCUUGUGUUAAAGUAGGAGAGUGACGAUGUUUAAUGGAAUUAAAAUUGGUUAUACCACCGUG